AACAUCUGGGGGGAAAAUAAAAAAUGAAGGAGACAAGCUUGACUGGGCCUGACACCAUCAAGAAAGGAAAACACUCCAGAGAGCUGCAGAAAGGAAAGGAGAAGAGAUGGCAGCUGCAGCCGAUCCCGGCAGCCGGCCUGGCACACUGCGCUCAGCCUGAGGCAGAGAAGAACAGCUCCCUGCAGGACAUGGAAGAAGACAUCGGCCUGAAGAAGCGCAAAGGUGACCACCAUGGAGAGAAAGAGCUGCAGGCGGGCCAAGAAACGGGCGAAAAGGUCAAAAGGAAGCGAGGACGCCCGCCGGCUGAGAAGCUGCCUCCGAAUCCACCCGAGCUCACCAAGAUGCUGAACACUCUGGUGGACAUGGUCAUCAACUACAAGGACGGGCUGGGACGACAGAUCAGUAAAGGUUUUGUGCAGCUUCCCUCUAAGAAAGAAGUACCGGAGUAUUACGAGCUAAUCCGAAAGCCUGUGGAUUUCAGGAGGAUCAGAGAGCGUGUCCGUAACCACAAGUACAGAAGCGUUGGGGAUUUGGAAAAGGACGUCUUCCUUCUAUGUCACAAUGCACAGACUUACAACCUGGAGGGAUCCCAGAUCUACGAGGACUCGAUCGUCAUCAAAUCGGUGUUCGAGAGCGCCAGGCAGAGAAUCGUCGCGGACGAAGAGCGGAAGGAGAGCGUGGGCGCCGCUCACGGCAACCAUGGCGGAGGAGCUGAAGACCAGUUCGUCCAAUCAGUGACCCCGUUACCGGUUCAGCUAAAGAAGGAGGAUAGAGACAUAAGCACUAUGGCCAAGAGCCUCCACAGUGACUUCGACAGUGAAGAGGAUCAAGACGACAACAACACAAAAGAUCAGGGUUGAAAGGAAAGGCCCUCCCGUUUUUUUUUUUAUUCAUAUUCUUGUUCAUGCCUUUCCUCUGCCACGUCCCUUUCAUUUUUUUUUAUUUUUAUUAUUGUCAUUUAAAGAAUGGUCCCAAAAAAAAGAAAAUGAAAAGUGGAGAAACCACUCAAAGACUAGCACUCACGAAGCUACGCUUUGUUUUUCCUUUUGUUCGUCCUCCUCUGCUUCGGAUGACUCACACGUUGCUGCACAGACUGCUGUCUCUGCCCCUCUUCGCUCUUCUCUUCCAAAUAAUCACUCACGUUUCAUCUGCGAUUGCUUUCGCGGCUUGUGUGUCAAAGACAGAUUGACAUUGUGUGUUCGGAGCAUGAUAUUUGAUCCGGCUCCUCCGCGGCCCGCCCGCGUGUGUUCCAGUUUGCAGGACUGAAGCGCACACUGAAGACUUUGUAAAGAAGCUGUAACAAAGUGAACAUAAUGCGUUUGUGUAAAAUACAUGGGGAUUUUUAAAAUAAGGUAUCUUUAAUAAUAACAAUGAUAAUUAAAAAAAAGAGGAAAAUAGAGGUAAAGCAUACUGGGAAUAAAAAUGUGAGCCUGGAGAUGCACCGAUUAAAAUUGUCCUGCAAAGUUUUUUCACCAACCAGUGUCGAUUUCUCUUUAGGUAUUGAUUUUACUAGCCCCAGUCUGCCAUAAGUGAUCAUUAGUUACUCAAAACACAGAGACAAUGUCAAGCCUCAUGUGUGAGAAAGAGGAUUUCCAAAAGAAACAAACCGAGACUAAAUACAACAUUUGCAAUUUUGCCUAAAGUUAGCAUCUUACAUUAGCCUUUAGCCUGGAUAGUAUUAAAACUUGACUUCCCAGAUGAUGUAGAUCCCUUUUUGUUUUGCUUUUUCACAACAAGGUUUCCAAAAGGCUGCAAGUAUUUGCAAAUUACAGACACAAGUUGAGAUCCAAAAGGGAUAAAACGGAGCAACGUUGUCGUACUGCCUUCAUGGACUCAAACUUCAAUGGCUUUAAUGUCAACAUGUCAAUAAAAAAACAAAAAAACAUUUAUAUUUCAAAUAGCUUAUGCUUUCUGUGACUCUUAAACACUUCACUGAUGGCAAACCAGUUAACAUAUAAUCUCUGCUAAGUGUUGCCUGUCAGAGUGUUUUCAGGUGUGGUGUGUUCAAUGAUCAAAAAUCACGUUGGGAUUUUUGUGCUCGUCGUCAGACGGGGGUGAUGGAACUGGAAAUUGGUGGGUUCGGGUCAGCAGGAGAUUUCUCGGUGCAUCUCUGGUGUUAAAAAACAAAAAACAAUAACAACAAAAACACUUUUCAACUAGUAACGAUGGUUUGAACUUUGUCACUGACGCUUUGUGGAGUCAGUUUCAAUCUAACGAGGGGUCUCCGUGUCGAACCCUUGUGCUACAAUAUAUUCACAUAGUGUACAGUUUGUGUGAGAAGUAAUUCAGUUUCUUUCAUGUACUCUCCUGGUUGUUGGGCAAUUGGACAGAUUCAUUGUCAAGACAAUCUCUUCAAACAUGUACGAAA